UCAGAGCCGAACAGCUUAACUCCUGAACCAAACAACCUGCUCCUCCCCAACCUUUCCCGCAAUCACUGCCGUCAAAUCCCUCCAUCAAUGCCCCCUUCGCCAAUCAUUUAAUGCAUUCCACCAUCUUCCUCUGAUCCUCUUCGCUCCCCACUCCAUGGCCGCCCUCCUCCUCCUCCUCCUCUCCAUCCUAACCUCCACCCACUGUUCCUGCGACUCAUCACACCGCCACCUCCUCUCCCUCGCCUUCUCCUCCGUCUCCGGCUUCCAUCUCCCACCCCCAUCCCCCACCGGCGCCUGCAUCCGCCACCUCCACCUCCCCUCCCAAAACCUCUCUGGCACCCUCUCCUGGAUGUUCCUGCGGAACAUCACCACCCUCCAAACUCUCGACCUCUCCUCCAACUCCCUCGACGGCUCAGUCCCCGGCAGCUUCUGGUCCUCCCCUGCUCUCACCGCAGUCAGCCUCGCCGGAAACCACCUCGGCGGUCCUCUCCGGUUCGAAAACUCCGGCCUCCGGUUCCUCAACCUCUCGAGCAACAGGUUCACCGCCGCCUCCAAUCUCUCGAUUCUCCGCAGCCUGAAAGUCCUCGACUUGUCCCACAAUAAGCUCGGCGUCACUCCUCCCGGUCUGAACUCACUUCCUAAUGUCGAAUAUUUGGAUUUGUCUAAUAACUCCAUGACAGGGUUGUUCCCAAGUGACUUUCCGGCAAUCGCCGGACUCCGGUUUCUGAACCUGUCUUACAAUAACCUCACUGGAGUGAUUGAUUCGGCGGCGCUGGAUAAGUUUGGGAGCUCUGCUUUUGUGAAAGGUGGGAUUUUUACCUACGCAGCGCCUCCCAGUGAGAGACAUAAAGAGAAAAAGCAUGGAAAGGAUAGGGCUUGGAGGACGGGAUUGAUUGCAGCGGCGGCGGCGGCGGUUGGUGUGGUCAUCAUUGCAGUGGUGAUCGCCGGAGGUUUCUAUCGCCGUAAAAAAAGAUCGCCGGAGAAGGAGAGGCGGGAGGUGCGGGAGGAGGAAUUGGAGUGGGUGAGGGAAGCAAGGUGGGGAGCGGCGGGGGGGGGGGUUGGGGAGGGGGAUUUGGUGGCGGCGACUUCAGGGUUCGGGAGAGAGUCGUUAAUGGCGGAGGGAGGGAGGAGCGGGCCGAUUUACAGGGCGUUGUUGCCGGGAGAUAUGCAUGUCGUGGUGAGAGUGAUGGAGAGGGAUCGAGGUGGCGAUUCGUCGGCGGCGGGGGCGGCGUUAACGGAGCGCCCCGCCGGUCAACCGUCCGUCGAAGACUGGACAGGAGACACCUGGGAGGAGAGCCUCCCCUCUGACAACCGACCUUCGUCUUCCGCCGCAGCCGCCACCACAAUCUCCUGCGACCGGCCGACGCGACACCGCAUAGCUCUCGGUGUAGCUCGCGGCAUCGCUUUCCUCCACCAAGGCUGGGUUGGUUCUCACUCUCCCGUGGUCCACGGCCACCUCACCCCUUCCAACAUCCUUCUCUCCGACGACCUCGAGCCCCGCAUCUCAGACUUCGCCGGCGGCGGAGGCGGAGCGACGGCGGAGGACGACGUGUAUAGCUUCGGGGUGGUGGUGAUGGAGCUGGUGACCGGGAAGUCUGAUUGGCCGGAGGUGGAGGUGGAGAGGAUACGGGGGCUGGUGCGGGAGGGGCCGGCAGCGGCGGUGGUGGAGGUGGUUGACCGGCGGCUGCAGUGGGAUGCAGAGUGGGAGAAGGAGGCCGUGGAGUGUUUACGUGUGGGGUAUUUGUGCACGGCGAAGUCGCCGGAGGAG